AUGACCUUCAAUCCGACUUACGCCACCGUCAACACGGAGGACUGCGGCAUCCACUACUGGUACCUAGGCUCCGGCCCCCUGCUCGUCUUCGUCGCUGGCGGCAACGGUCACGGCCGGCAGUUCAACAACAUCAUGGCCGCCCUAUCCGAUCGUUUUACGUGUGCCACGUACGACCGCCGCCAGAUGUCUGCCAGCCAGUCCCCCAACCCCCGUCUCAUCAGCCCGCCCCAGCAGGCUCGCGACCUACUGGCUGUCAUGCAGGCUCUUGGCCACGAGAAGUCCACCAUUUUCGGCAGCUCCCUGGGAGGUCUCAUCGGCUUGCAGUUCGCACACGACUUCCCCGAGCGAGUAGAACACCUCAUCAUCCACGAAACUGCCACAGCCCUGAUCAUGCCUGAUGCUAACGAAAUUUGGGAGUGGGUCAUGGACUUCUACCGCCUGAAGGAGGAAGAGGGCUGGGAAGCUGCUAGUGCCAAGUGGGAUGUGUACUUUGGUGCCAACGGGUACGACGCCGAGGGCGUACCCAAGACGGUGCCCCCUCCGCGCCACAAUGUGGUCAACUUUUGGAACAAUGAAUUCAUUGUCAUCGCCUCGUAUCUUCCGAACCUGCAUCGCAUCAGAAAAAACGCCACGAGCAUCGGCAUCAUGCGGGGCGAGAGGAGCGGCGACGCCUUCUUUGCGAGGGCUACCUAUGCGCUGGCAGAGGUGUUGGAAUGCCUGCGUUGGGACGUUCCUGGACACCAUCAGGGGUUCGAAGUUGAGACGGAGGCGUUUUCGCCGUUUCUGCUCAACAUGCUGGCCGCCUUGGACCAGGGUCAGCGGAAUAAGUCCAGUACUGUUUCGUUGACAAUCUAA